GCGGAAGCGGGCCCUUCACUUCCGGCAGCCAUCAUGCGGGAUGUCAGCGCUUUCCUGCAGCAGCAACAGCAGCGCGAGACCACCGAGCUCGGCCCGCACUGGCACAGCAUGGAGGAGCUGUACAACAAGAAGCUCUGGCACCAGCUGACCGUGGAACUGCUGACCUUUGUGCAGAAUACCUGCUUCGCCACAGGUGACGGGCUGAUCAAGCUGUAUGAGAAUUUCAUCGGUGAAUUUGAACACAGGAUCAACCCUCUGUCCCUCGUCGAGAUCGUUUUACACGUGGUGCGGCAGAUGACGGAUCCUAAUGUGGCUUUGACAUUUUUGGAAAAGACGAGAGAAAAGGUCAAGUCGAGUGAUGAGGCCGUGAUCCUAUGUAAAACAGCCAUUGGAGCGCUGAAGUUGAAUGUGGGGGAUCUCCCAGUCACCAAGAAAACGAUCGAGGAGGUGGACGAGAUGUUGACCGCUCUGCCGGGCAUCACCACGGUGCACGGCCGCUUCUACGACCUGUCCAGCAAGUACUACCAGAUCGUCGGCAACUACGCCUCUUACUACCGCGACGCCCUGCGAUUCCUGGGCUGCAUCGACAUCAAAGAUCUGCCCGUGGCAGAGCACCAGGAGCGAGCGUUCACACUGGGCCUGGCCGGGCUGCUGGGGGAGGGAGUCUACAACUUCGGGGAGCUGUUGAUGCACCCGGUCCUUGAGUCGCUACGAACCACAGACAAGCAGUGGCUGAUCGACACAUUGUUCGCCUUUAACAGCGGCAACGUGGACCGCUUCCAGGCGCUGAAAACAUGCUGGGGGCAACAGCCGGACCUGAGGGCCAACGAGCUGCGGCUAAUGCAGAAAAUCCAACUGCUCUGCCUCAUGGAGAUGACCUUCACCCGCCCGGCUAAUCACCGGCAGCUCAGCUUCCAGGAAAUCUCGCUCAUCGCCAAGGUCCCCGUCACAGAGGUGGAGUUGUUGGUGAUGAAGGCGUUGUCGGUCGGGCUGGUCCGCGGCAGCAUUGACGAGGUGGAUGAGCGCGUGCACAUGACGUGGGUGCAGCCGCGCGUCCUCGACCUGCAGCAAAUUAAAGGCAUGAAGGAGCGGUUGGAUUGCUGGUGUGAAGAUGUGAAGAAUGUGGCGCUACUAGUGGAGCAUCAGGCUCAGGACAUCCUGACCUGACCCCCACCCAGAGGGGUUCACGUCCCAACUCCUGAAGCAACUGGUCACGCGGGAGGGGGGAGAGGGUGGGUGGUCUUGAGAGGCCUGGGGGGUGGGGGGGGGGGGGGCUUGAAGGGAGGGGGAGGGCCAAACUUGUCAAAGGUGGGUGUAGAAUUCUAGUUUGAUUUGUGUUCCUUGCCAAGUGUCCCAGGACAGUCAGAGACACACUGCCCCCUGGGUCAGAGACACACUGUCCCCUGGGUCAGAGACACACUGUCCCCUGGGUCAGAGACACACUGUCCCCAGGGCCUGGGCCUGGCUGUUGCUGAGACCCCCCCCCCCGUCACUGUCCUGCACCGCCUGCAUUUCCAGCUGCUGGUUUGUGGAUGGCUCAGUCUGGCUCGGCCUCUGCACUUUGUUCCAGAGCCCGGGACGUAACGCUCCCUGUUUUUAAAAUGUUUUUUUAGAUGUUAGGAAUGAAGUGGGUGGGAUUAAUAUUCACCGUCUGUGAGAUCUCAGACUUUUAAUAAAGUGUCACGCUCUCGA